AAUGACUCACUGAAGUUUGGGCCACUCACGGUUCUACACACAGUUUAUUUGACUGAGUGUCCCCAUGACCUUCUACGACUUGAUUAUAAUCGUUGAAAAGAUAAAUUCAUCCUGAGGAAAGCAACUUUGUUCAGCCCAAAGAAGUCACCGCUGGGAUGGCACCACUGAUGUUUAAAGAUGCCUUCUGGGGCGCGGACUUCACGUGUCAUAUCGGUUAUGAAGCUCUGAUCCAGAGGUUACGAGAUGGAAGACAAAUGGGCAAAGAUGUGGAGGAGCUUCUAAAAAUGAGGGCUCUCGCAGAGGAGAAGUAUGGGAAAGAACUGGUGAUUAUUGCUCGUAAAGCAGGGGGACACACAGAGAUCAGCACCUUGAGAGCAUCCUUUGAACAAUUAAAAACACAAAUCGAGAACAUCGGGAACUUCCACAUCCACUUGUCUAAUAUAUUGAAAGAGGAGGUGAAAAAGAUCGAGACAUUCAGAGAACGGCAGAAAGAGCAGAGGAAGAAGUUCCAAAGCAUCAUGGAGAAGGUUCAGAAGAAAAAGGUGACAUGGUACAAGAAGACUAUGGAGUCUAAGAAAAACUACGAGCUGAGAUGCAGGGAGGCGGACGAGGCUGGGCAGGGGGCUGAGAAGGCAACUGUCACAUCUAAAAACUCAGACAAGGUACGUCACAGGGCAAAGCAGUGCAGACAGACAGCAAAUGAAGCAGAGAAGCUGUACUCUAACAACGUUGUGCAGCUCGAAAGCAUUCGCCAAGACUGGGAGGAAACACACAGAAGCACUUGUGAGGUGUUCCAGCAACUUGAGGGAGAUCGCAUCAGCAUGCUCAGGUAUUCUCUCUGGGACCAAUGCAAUCAUUUCUCCAUGCAGUGUGUCAAAGACGACGAGUUUCACGAGGAAGUGAGGAAGCUGCUGGAACAGUGCGACAUCACAACAGACAACAACUGUUUCAUAGAGAUGAAGAGCACAGGGUCCAGGCCUCCAGAGCCCAUAGUGUUUGAGAACUACUACAAGAGAGACAUAUCCAGGGACAGCAAUGGCCAAGCUCAUUUUGAAGAAAGAGGAGGCGACACGAUGAGGUUCUCAGAAGGCCUGCUGGCAAGUUCUGGGACGAUCAGUGUCGACAGUCUUGAAAAUUCAUCAUCAACAGUGACAUCUAUUGGUGAAGUGGAGAUCUCAGAUGAUGGAUAUGCACCUCUGCCAGGCCUCCAGCGUGCAGCACCACUGGACACUGAGCAAGCUGACGGAGACAUCUAUGUUGCACUAUAUGAAUACGCAGCACGGGAGGGGGACGAGCUGUCUGUCAGUAGAGGAGACAUGGUGCGAGUGUUGGAACAAGGAGAAGACGGCUGGUGGACAGUGGAGAGGAAUGGGCUCAGUGGACUGGUGCCAGGAAAUUACCUACGCAAAAUCUAAACAUAUAGACAUAAACCAACAAGUCAAAUAACACCACACCAAAAGAAUAUUCAUAUGCAGAAGUUAAAGAACAGCCCGGUGUUAGACUGCUUUGAUUUGUGGGGGG